AUGAGCGCGCAUGUAGGCUUUCUUUCUUGGAGAAGUUUUAGCGAAACUUUAAGGAUGAUAUACCUUGGAUGUUUCCUGUUGCUGCUCUGUGGGCUUACGCAUGUCAUGGCAAGUUAUCCCAUCUGGUGGUCACUAGCAGUGGGCCACCAGUACUCAUCACUGGGCACUCAACCCAUCCUCUGUGGCAGCAUCCCGGGUCUAGUUCCCAAGCAGCUGCGUUUCUGCCGGAACUACGUAGAAAUCAUGCCCAGUGUGGCCGAGGGGGUGAAGAUUGGCAUCCAGGAGUGCCAGCACCAGUUCAGAGGGCGACGCUGGAACUGCACCACGGUCAAUGACAAUCUGGCCAUUUUUGGGCCAGUGUUAGAUAAAGCCACUCGAGAGUCAGCAUUUGUUCAUGCUAUCGCCUCGGCCGGAGUGGCAUUUGCAGUGACCCGUGCCUGCGCUGAGGGUUCAGCCACCAUCUGCGGUUGUGACACACGCCACAAGGGCCCCGGUGAGGGAUGGAAGUGGGGUGGCUGCAGUGAAGAUGUGGAGUUUGGGAGCAUGGUGUCCCGAGAGUUUGCUGAUGCGAGGGAGAAUCGCCCCGAUGCACGCUCAGCCAUGAACCGCCACAACAAUGAGGCUGGAAGAAUGUCCCUCAACGACAACAUGUUCCUCAAGUGUAAGUGCCAUGGGUUGUCGGGCAGCUGCGAGGUCAAGACGUGCUGGUGGUCUCAGCCUGACUUCCGGGUAAUUGGCGAUUACAUGAAGGAUAAAUAUGACAGUGCAUCAGAGAUGGUGGUAGAGAAACAUAAGGAGUCCCGCGGAUGGGUGGAGACCCUGAGACCCAAGUACAACUACUUCAAACCACCCACAGAGCGCGACCUGGUCUACUAUGAAAGCUCACCCAAUUUCUGUGACCCCAAUCCCGAAACCGGCUCCUUUGGAACCCGUGAUCGCAUCUGCAACCUGACGUCCCACGGCAUAGAUGGGUGUGACCUCCUGUGUUGCGGCAGAGGACACAACACCAGGACUGAGAAGAGAAAGGAGAAGUGUCACUGUAUUUUCCACUGGUGCUGCUACGUCAGCUGUCAGGAGUGUGUGAGAGACUACGAUGUGCACACCUGCAAAUAA